AGGGACAGGAUGAGAGAGAGGGAUGGGAUGAAAGAGAGGGAUGGGGUGAGAGAGAGGGACGGGCGAGAGACCAGAACAAGAGACAGAAGGGACCCGGAGACAGAGAGGGAGGUAACACAGCCCAGGUUAAAAGGAGAGAAAGAGGAGCAAAUGGAGCUAGAAAGAAUUAGACAAAGGGAGAGAUACCCUGAUAGGGAGGAUGAAGAGAAGAGGUGUAAGGAGAAGCAAGACAGAGAGACAGUUUCCAAUAUGGAGGAAGAGGCAGAAAGAGAGACAGAUCCCAUUAUGGAGCAAGAGGCAGACAGAGAGACAGAUCCCAAUAUGGAGCAAGAGGCAGACAGAAGUAGCGGAUGCAUGAAUGAGUCAGGCCCAAGGGCUCAGACGCAAGUCCAGAGCAGUGGAGAAUGGAGCAGUGAUAUCGAGGAUGAAACAAAAUACCAAAGAGAAAGUCGUGAAAGAAAAGGGUCAGAGGGAGAGGGGGAUGUGGACACUGAGAGAGAGCACAGUGAAAGAGAGAAACCUAAUAGAGUCAGGGCUGGAGAGGACCAAGAAGAGGAGAGGAUACCAAAGCAACCUGAGCAGAGGAAGUGGUGGUUAGAACCACAAAGUGGCAGACAUAACCAUAACUCUUUAGAGGAUGAUUUUCUAGAGAGAGAAAGUGACAUACACAGUGGUAUACAAAAAGAGAAGCAAGGAGGAGAGGACACAUCUGUGGACGUAGAGACAGAGAGAAAGCAAUCAGGGGGAAAUUUAGGGGGGAAACAGAGAAUAUUGAGAGACAGUGGGAGGACCAUUGAAAGACAAGAGAAUAUAGAGCAAGGACCAGAGGGAGAAAUAGAGAGCGUUAUAGAGACAGAGUUAAAUGUAGAUGGAGAGGAUAACAUAGAGGCCUGGAGAGAUAGCGGAGAAGAGGGACACCAGACUGAUAACGAUGAAAAGACGGAGGAAACCUGGCCAGCAAACAGUGAGACAGAGAUAGAAAAUGAGACAGAUGAAAUAGAGGAGAGUGAUAGAGAUGAAGAAGGACAUUACAGGUACCCACACUCAGACCACCAGGAAGACAGUGAGCAAAAGCUGGAAGGAGAGGUGGAAAGAAUGCCUUCCACAGAUGAUGGCUUUAUUACUGUGUCCAGCGGCGGCGAAGAGGAGUUUGAGGACUGCAAGGAAUUCUGGGAAAGUGAACUAGAGCGAAGUAGAGGUAGAAGAUAUGAAAGCGAGAGAGGAAGAACUGAUGAGCAGACACAGCCACAGGAUGCCGCAGUGGAGGGUGAGGGAAAGGGAAAUAAAUCCUCAACCUAUGUCUUCUGUGUGAUUGGACAAACCCUCUCCAGGUCCAACCCCAAUCAGACAGCUGCUCUGGGGGACAUGGAACCACAGGGGACCUAUCGAAAUCCUGGAUAUGAUCAUAGUCGCAGCAGUGACAUCACCCGUUUCCCUCACGAGGACUUUUCAAAAGAUGGUGGUCAAGAGGCAGUGGAAGAGACAAGAAAAGAGAGAGAUUUGCCGAAGGAGGAGGGACUGGACACGGAAGAGGACUCCAUAGUGGACAUCAGGAGCAUGACCCUAGAAGCGGGGGGCAGAGAACUGCUAACAGUCAAAGAGAAGAACUCAAACAUCAACACGACCCCUCGAAGGAAAUCCCUGACUGAAGUACUCCUGACAGAGUGGAGAGAAAGACAGAAAGAAUACGCACAAACCACGGCCACACGGACCACUGAACCAGAGAUAAGUCCAUCCUCAAGUCACAGUAGAGAGGAAGAGCAGCGUGAGACGUCCACAGCGGCCACCUCCGACCACACUAUCCCCAGGGCGAACAGCUCUGAGGAGGCUGUGGCCAUACGGCACCACAGCGGGGUCUGGGGCCCAUCAGAGACUGCCCGACGCCUCUCCCAGGCCCCACACGUCAAGUGGGCCAGGAACGUGUUGAGCAAGAUCCUCGGCCGCUCCGAGGUCCCCGCCCCUGACAACCCACCGCCGGGGUCACUGGAAGGACUAGAGGUCACCCGCGACAUAGAGGAUGAGGAGACUUCAGAGGGGGGAGGAGCGGCGCUCGUCAAGGCCACGGGUCUGAAGCAGACGAAGCGUUGGAUGAAGGAGCCAGGGGAGGGGGAGGAAGCCACAGGUAUGGGGGAGACACUAGCAGAUAUGCAUGCUGAGGCUUUCACCACUAUAUUCGGUGAUGGCACACUCACAGACACUCAUGCUGGCAUGACCCCAUACACUACUUAUGAUGACACGCCGGCACAUAGACAGGUGGAGGAGGAGGGGAAUGGUGUGUGUACAGAAAGACAGGUAGGGGAGCAGGUGGAGGGUGUUAAUGCGUGUGCAGACAGACAGGUAGAGAGUCACAUCCGGGCAGACCGUGAGGGCGAGACGGAGAAAGUGUUUGAAGUUGGGCAUGAGGUUCGCACAACGGAUGAAGAGAAAGAAGCAAACGCUCAGAAAGAGGAGGAUCUCUUUCUCUCUGUGAGUAACACCCUGUACAAACCAAGCAGCUGCCCCAGCCUUAUAUACAACACUAGCCCAGAUGAAUCAACCAGCCCUCAGAAGGAAAACACAGAGAGAAAGGAGAAAGAUGUUAACGAGGAAGGGAGCAAGGUGGAAAGGAGGAAAGGGGAGGGUACUGAGGAUGAGGCGCAAGUAAAAGAGGAGGAGAAAAGGGGAAGAGAGAAAAUGGAGAGGAUAGGGAAGGUACAGGUAAAGAGUAGCUUCCGCUAUCUGGGCGUCAGUGGGCAGUUUAGGAGGAAAGGGUUCCGCAAGGCAAGUGAAAGACAAGGAAAAGAAGAUGAAGAUGAUGAAGAAGGAGGAGGAGGAGUUGCAAGGGAUCGAAGAACGAGAAUAUUCCCCACGUCAGAUGAUGAAGAAGAGGGGAGCUUCAACUGGAGAUCCAUGGAAAAAAAUAGGAGAAACUCCAAGUUCUUCAAUGACCAGCUCUACCAGCAGUACAGUGAGACGGCGCAGAACAGGGAGAUCCUCCGACAGUCUCGCUCCGACACACUCUCCGUCUACGACGAUGUCCCCGUCCUCUCUUCUCCAGCCCCCUCGCCUCCCCCUGCUCGCAGACCCUUACCCCCACUCCCCCCUGUCAACCACCCCCACUCUGCGUCCGACUCCGGCUCCGUCUCUGGUAUCUCCAGUGGCGUCAGUGCCCAGCUCCUGCCCCUGCCCCAGCCACCACAGCCCCAGGCCCCCACAGCCAGACCCCCCUCUCCACGCAUCUCCAUUUCCCUCUCCCAGUCCCCCACUUUGUGGCAGGAGCUCCCGGGAGUCAGGAGCAGUGCCGAGUUUGCCGAGCUGACUGACGAUGAGAGACGCCUGCAAGAGGUUCGGUUUGAGGUUGUGACUUCAGAAGCAUCGUACUGUCGUAGUAUAGACAUCGUGGUGGAGCACUUUGUCAAAUCUAAGCAGCUGGGGGAGCUGUUGACCACUCAGGACAGGAACUGGCUUUUCUCUAGGCUGGCCGAUGUCCGAGCCAUCAGCCACAGUUUUCUGUCAAAGCUAGAGGAGAGGGUGGAGUCUGACAUGAUGCACUUUACCGUGUGUGACAUCAUCGCUCGCCACUGUCAACGCUUCAAGAAGGUCUAUGUGCCCUACCUCACCAACCAAUCAUAUCAGGAUGCUACCUACCAAAGACUCAUGGAUGAGAAUGCUGGGUUCAGGCGGGAAGUAGAGAAGUUGGAACGUAGUCCAGUGUGUCAGCGUCUUCCUCUUCGCUCCUUCCUCAUCCUCCCCUUUCAGAGAAUCACGCGAAUUAAACUCCUUGUCCAGAACAUUGUGAAGAGAACAGCCCAAGGCACAGAGGAGGAGGUUCAGGCCAUCAAAGCAAUGAAGCUUCUGGAGAAGUUGAUCCAGGAGAGCAAUGACAGUAUUACUCAGAUGAAGAGCAUCGAGUCGCUGGUCUCUCUCAGUGCCAGGGUGGACUUUGAAUGCAGGACUCUUCCCCUGGUCAGUCAAUCUCGAAGGCUGGUGAGAGAAGGACCAGUCACUGAGCUUAUGGAAUUCUCUCUGAAGGAGUCUGAGAGGAUUGUCUACCUGCACCUGUUCAAUGACUACUUGCUGCUGUCACUGCACAAAGAAGGGGGCCGGUUCACAGUGAUAGACCAUGCUCCAGUGUCAGAGCUGCGUGCUGCGGACUGUCGGGCCAAACUGCACACUCUACAGAAAAGCCUGUUCCGCCUCUACCUCAGUAACAAAGCCCUGCUCCUUAGGACAGACACACAGAGUGACAAAUUGCGUUGGAUCUCGGCUGUCUCCAGACCCCAUCCUGUGAUUGACUUUGCAGCAGAACAAGACCGUACACAGAUGCAGUGCAUUAGAGCCUUUGUUGCCCAGCAACCCGACGAGCUAUCCUUGGAGAAAGCUGAGGUCAUUCUGGUCCACCAGCAGAGCAGCGAUGGUUGGGUUGAGGGUACCCGACUUUCAGAUAGACAAAGAGGAUGGACUCCCGUGGCCCACCUGGAGACCAUAGCCAGCACGAGGGUUCGACAGCGCAAUCUGCUGGACGCUCUCAAAAUCACUGCAGCCACUGCUGCAAUGUGAUCAACAUGGGAAUCGCUGCCACUGAAUAUGACUGGAGUUGUCCCUGAGGCCCAACCCAACUCAUCCUACUAAUUGGAUAGAAAAGACAACAUAGGAUAUGUCUUGAUAAUGGAGGUACCUAAAACAGGUGUGCCAUAGAAGCAUUUGACUGACAGGAUAACAUUUAACACUUACAGGAGUACAAACAUAAUGAGUUGGAAGGCCUUCUGGGGAUGUCAGGAAGUGUCUAAGACAGCCCAGUGAAUGAAACCCUGGUAAUACAUGUCAAUGGACUGUUACAGACUGUAUUGGAAUCAGCCUUCUAGGAAUGUGUCUGGUUUGAAUCCCUGUGGCCUUAGAUAAGGACAGGAGCUGCAUAACUACUUCAUUUGGGAACUGUAAAUACAUGGGAUAAAACACCAUCUGUUGCAAUACAUUUUAUUCUAAAGGGAAAGGUGUCCUUGAACAAAAUGUUUUUUUUAUAUAUUCAGGGAAAUCUAUUGUUUGUGUAUAUUACAAAUAAUUUCAUAAAUCACUUUUAUGGUGGGUACCUAAUCCCCUUCUGUGAUACAGAAGAGUAUGUCAUAGAGAGAGUGGUUGUAUCCAUAUUGCUAAGAUUUUUUUAUGGGUUGUAAAAAGUGCAAUAUUUUUGCAAGACUGUGCAUGUAACCUAGAUCCUUUUUUAUAGCAAAAGAGGUACACUUCAAUAGUGUCAUGAUGACAUCAAAUAAGCUGUUUGGUCUGUAAUGAACAGACAGAGAAAAAUAGCUUAUGAAAUAAAAGAUGAUGCAAAUGAAUAUAAAUUGUCCUCCA